AUGAAGUUCGCCGAGGUUCUCUCUCUUUUUGUUUUUGUCGUGUCCACCCCAUAUUCCUUUGCCCAACCUAUUGCCAACCCUGAUGGCAACAGCAUUGAUCUCACCAACCGAGCCCUUGGCAUCAACUAUGGCGCUGCAGCUGCGGCACCUCUGGCUGCUCGCAGCGAGAACGAGCUGAAGCCUCGGGCCAAGAAGGGCAAGAAUAAGGGCAAGAAUAAGGGCAAGAAUAAGAACGGCAACAAGGCCAACGGCAACAAGGCCAACGGCAAGCGAAACAACGGCGACGAUGACAACAAGAUCAACGCCCAGCAGCAAGCCCAAAACGACGCCAAAAACGACGCCCUCCAGGCACAAAACACCGGCGCCGGACGCCAGGCCGUCAAGCGUGACGACGGUGUCGUGCUCGAGGAGCGCGACCCUUAUCCCGUUGUCGGCGCUUCUGCCCACGACGAGUAA